UCCGGCCCUCAGCGGCGGAGGGCGCCAUGGUGGGUGGUGAGGCGGCAGCAGCCGUGGAGGAGCUGGUUUCGGGUUUGCGGCAGGCGACCGACUUCGCUGAGCAGUUCCGCUCCUACUCGGAGAGCGAGAAGCAAUGGAAGGCCCGCAUGGAAUUCAUCCUGCGCCACCUGCCCGACUACCGCGACCCGCCAGACGGCGGCGGCCGCCUGGACCAGCUGCUAUCCCUCUCCAUGGUCUGGGCCAACCACCUCUUCCUGGGUUGCAGUUACAACAAAGACCUUUUAGACAAGGUGAUGGAAAUGGCUGAUGGGAUUGAAGUGGAAGACCUGCCACAAUUUACUACCAGAAGUGAAUUAAUGAAAAAGCAUCAAAGCUAAGGCAGAAGAUUCAUCACAUUUUCAUCAUUAGUUACAGGCUUGGAAAGGAGGCUGGGAUGAAUAUGACAUUGACCUCAGCAGCUC